AUGCCCGAGUCAAAAAACCUCGACUCGGUUCCCCUAGCCAGCCCCAUUAUCCCCACUCCAACCAAGUCUUCUUCAUGGUUCAUUGUUACCCUGUUUUUAGUACUAUUUCUCCUGGUGGUAGCCAUAUUUGUCUUCAAAACUUCUCAAGUAGUACCCCUUGACCAGUUCAUUAGGCUACCAAGCAGUGCGGGUGAGCAUGAGCCAGCUAUAAAUGCGCCAUGGGAGCUGGUGGGGUUGGCACUCUUGGAAGGGCCGGAAGAUUUGGCUUAUCAUUCGAAGUCGAGGCUCAUUUACACCGGUUGCGUGGAUGGGUGGAUCAAGCGGGUCACGGUGAACGAGUCGGGUGUUGACACAGUGGUAAAAAAGUGGGUAGACACAGGUGGGAGACCCCUCGGAAUCGCCUUUGGACGUCACAAUGAAGUUAUAGUCACCGAUCCUAAAAAGGGACUGUUGAAUAUAACGCAAGCUGGUAAGAUGAAGGUGCUGACAAAAGGGACUAAGGAUGAAAAGUUCAAGUUGAUAGACAGCGUUGAUGUAGCAGAAAAUGGGGUGAUUUACUUCACAGAAGCUUCCUAUAAAUACAGCUUGGAUGAAUUUGUGUUGGACAUUUUGGAGGGCAAGCCCCAUGGAAGAUUAUGGAGCUAUGAUCCAUCCACCAAAAAGACCAAGCUGCUCCUCCGCAACCUUUACUUUGCCAACGGAUUAGCCAUCUCGCCCGAUCAAAAUUCGGUGGUUUUUUGCGAAACCGUCAUGAUGAGAUGUAGAAAGUAUUUCAUACGAGGAAAGAAGAAAGGAAGUGUCAAAGACUUCAUUGAUCUGCCGGGCUUUCCUGAUAACAUUCAUUAUGACAUUGGAGAAGACCAUUAUUGGAUUGCGUUGGCAAUGGCAUCUAGCAGCAAUUCUUCAGAGUUAGCACAUAAAUACAGCUUAAGAAGGUCCAUUAAUGGACAACCAAAUGAUCAGAAAGAGAGUAUAAAUACUACAACUGGUGGGGUUAUUGUUGUAGACACCAAAGGAAAUCCAACUUCUCACUAUUAUGGCCCACAAUUCUCAUUGAUUUCAAGUGGGGUCAAGAUUAGAAACUUUGUUUACUGUGGUUCCCUCUUUAAUCUCUACAUGGUCCGCAUUAACAAUCUCCAAAACUAUUCUUCAAUAUUAGUAUAA